AUGGCAUUUACUCUGGGACCACCAAAUUCAUCGAAUGAUUCCGAUGAUUAUAUUUCAUCAUUAACAACAUCAUCUGAUCGAUCUGAUGAACAACAAAAUUUUACAAUCUCUGAUCAUGCAUCACGUACUGUAUCGAAAAUUUCAUCCUAUCUUCGACAAGGAUUUUUAUGUGAUGUUGUUUUUGUUUGUGGUAAUGGACAUGUGAAACAAAGAAUUAAUGCUCAUCGUCUUGUUAUUGCAACUUUAUCGGAUUAUUUUCGUGCGAUGUUUGAUAGUAAUAUGAUUGAAACAAAACAACGUGAAAUUAUUAUUAAUGAUAUUGAUCCAGAUGCACUUGAAAAACUGAUAUUAUAUGCAUAUGAAGGUCGGCUAGAACUUCAGCAAGAUAAUGUUACUAAUGUGCUUAUUGCUGCACAUAUGUUUAAUAUAACUGAAAUAAUUGAAGCUUGUUGUAAGUACAUUGAAAAACAGCUUCAUUCGUCCAAUUGUCUUGGAAUCUAUAAAUUUGCUCUUCAACAUGAUUUAAAUGAAUUAAAACAAACAGCUUGGAAUUAUAUUCUUGAACAUUUUACAAAUGUUAUUCAAAAUAAUCAUGAAUUUCUCGAAUUAUCUUUUGAUGAUAUUAAACAACUGUUAGGAUCUAAUGAUAUUAAUGUACAAUCAGAAGAAACUGUUUUCGAAGCUUUUGUAUCUUGGAUUGAUCAUGAUCGAAAACGAGAAACUGAUCGUUUAUCACAAUUAUUUGGUUUAAUUAAACUACCUUUACUUGAUAAAAAAUAUUUAACAGAUCAUGUUGAUACAGAUUCAAGAUUUAAGAAUGAUACUUCAUGUCAGAUGCUUAUUAUUGAAACAAUGCGUUAUCAUUUAGCACCAGAAAAACGUUCAUCUAUGCAAUCAAUACGAACUAAACCAAGAAAAGCAACAUUAGGUGCUCUAUAUUGUCUUGGUGGAAUGGAUAGUGCCAAAGGUCCACAAACGAUUGAACGAUAUGAUUUUCGAACUCGUUCAUGGCAGCUGAAUGGCCAUUUGAAUACACGUCGUUGGCAGUUUGCUUGUGUUAUCUUAGAUAAAAAAUUAUAUGUAUGUGGAGGACGAGAUGGUCUUAAAACAUUGAAUAGUAUAGAAAUAUUUGAUUUUCAAAAGAAAACAUGGAAUGUUGGACCUCCAAUGCUUACAAAUCGUCAUGGUUUAGGUGUUGGAUGUAUUGGUGGACCAUUAUAUGCUAUUGGUGGUCAUGAUGGUUGGAGUUUUCUCAAUACAGUUGAACGUUUUGAUCCAGAAACUUGUGUAUGGUCAUAUGUUGCAUCAAUGACUAAUGCACGAUGUACACUUGGUGUUACUGUACUUGAAAAUCGGGUUUAUGCAGUUGGAGGUCGAGAUGGUGCUGCUGGUCUUCGUGAAACAGAAUCUUAUGAUCCACAUACAAAUCGUUGGUCACCAUGUGCACCAAUGCAGAAGCGUCGUGGAGGUGUAGCAGUAGCUGCUUGUAAUGGAUUUUUAUUUGCAAUAGGUGGUCAUGAAUCAUCUGCUACAAAUAAAUGUGCUGUUCGACAUGAUGAUGGUGAACGAUAUGAUCCAAGAUGUGAUCAAUGGACAUUAAUUACUUCAUUAAAUCGACCUAAAGAAGCGUUAGCAAUUGCUGCUGUUAGUGAUAAAUUAUAUAUUGUUGGUGGUUUUGAUGGAAAAGUACUUGAUGAAGUUGAAAAAUAUAAUCCUGAAUUAGAUAAAUGGACAAAAUGUCCACCAUUAGGAACUAAAAGAGCCGGUGCUUGUCUUAUUCAUGUUCCAAAUUCUAUUCAUCAAACAUCAUCACCCACAUCACCAUCGCCAUCAUCAUUUUCAUCAAUAUCUUUGCUUACUACAAGUUCUUAUACUUUACCAUCAUCUACGUCAUUAAUCAAACGUAACAAAGAUGUCUCAGCUAGUUGUCAUCAAUUGAAUCGACUUAUUUUCUCAUAA